AUGGAGGAAAUUCAAAAGAGUUGGGGCAAUUCUUCUAGCAAUACUCUCAAUAAGUUAAGUUCUUUGAGUAAUGAUUUGACAAAAUGGAGCAAAAUUACUUUUGGACAUGUUACAAGAAAGUUACAACAAGAGAAACAGAAUCUUCUUGACUUGCAAGCUAGAGCUCACCUAACUGACACUAGAGAGGAGGAAAAAUCUAUCCUUAACAAGAUAGAAGUUCUUACAAGAAGAGAAAGGAUGUUCUGGGAGCAGAGGAAUCACUCAUCUUGGGUCCCUAACUGCGACAAAAAUACUCAGACCGAAUGCAACAAGCUUUCCUCUAUUCCUAGUUCCGAGGAAAUUUUCAAUACAAUUAGGAAAAUGAGCUCAGUUAAGUCCCCGAGACCUGAUGGAUACCCUUCCCUUUUUUACAAAAACUGUUGGCAUAUUAUUGGUCCAGAAGUUACGACCCUCAUUCAAGAUUGCUUCAGAUAUGCAUCACUCCCACCUGGAUUGAACCAUACUUUUCUUGCUCUUGUCCCGAAAGUUAAAAAUCCUUCAACCCCAGCUGAGUACAGACCAAUCGCUCUAUGGAAUGUUCUCUACAAGAGAAUGGAAAGGGAUGGAAUGUACGCUGGUUACUGGCUCAAUCGAUGGGAUCCUUUUAUAACUCAUAUAAUAUUUGAUGAUGAUGUGAUGCUUUCUGGAGUUCCAAAUAAUGCAAAAAUCAGUUCUACAAAUAUUACAUCUAGUCUGGCGAAUAGUUGUGCAUCUCAUAAAUUUCUGGUGGAGAAGUUUGAUGGUAAGCUUAUAGGCUGGAAAAGACACUUUCUUUCACAUGUAGGAAGGACAGUACUAAUACAAUAUGUGGUUGCUCUUCUACCUAUUUAUUUUAUAGCCGUCAGCAUAAUCCCAAAAGAAAUUAUCAACAAGCUAAAUCAGACAAUAAGAAAUUUCUGGUGGGGUCAUUCAAGAGAACAAAGGAAGAUGCAUUACUUGAAUUGGGACUGGUUUACUACAAGCAAAGAAAAGGAUGGUUUGGGAUUGAGGUCUCUAGAGCUACUCAACAAGGCUUUAAUAGCUAAACUGGCAUGGAGAUUUCUACGUGAUUCUUCUUCUCUUUGGGUUGUGUUGCUAAAAGCAAAGUAUCUGAGGGAUGUUUCUUUCUGGACUACAAAGAAACCGCAGAGGUGUUCUACCACUUGGGCUGCCAUGUUGGAUAGUAGAAAAAACUUGAAAGAGGGGUUCCUUUGGCUUUUGGAUGAUGGCAGUGAUUUUAGAAUUUGGACUGAUCCUUGA